AUGAAAGCAUUUGGCUACAAACAAAGUAACUUCGAUCAUACUCUGUUCCUGAAAAGACGAAAUGAGAAACUUACUGCACUUAUUGUGUAUGUAGAUGAUAUGGUGGUAACAGGUCAUGACCCAGAAGAAUGCGCGGCCUUGCAAAGAUAUUUGUCUACAGAAUUUGAGAUGAAGGACCUUGGAUCCUUGAAAUAUUUUUUGGGGAUUCAAGUAUCGAGAAGCAGUUCGGGAAUUUUCUUAUCACAGAGGAAGUGUAUUAUUGAUUUGUUGCAAGAAACUAGCAUGUCAGCUUGUCAACCAGUAGCUACACCAUUAGAAGAAGGAUUGAAGCUUAGUGUUGAUCCUAAUCAAGUACCAAUUGACAAAGGGAGAUACCAAAGGUUAGUAGGUCGUUUAAUGUACUUGGCACACAUAAGACCGGACCUUGCUUAUGCCUUAAGUGUAUUGACAAAGAAAGAUACCAAAG